AUGGUUUUGCAGUGGCACGUUGGGUCAUCAGUCCUGCUGAAAGCCGGGCUGGUAAUAUGUGUAUGUCUCAUUCUAUACAUUAGCCAACACCCCGCCCUCGACAGGUUCGACCACCGAAUCUCGGGUCUCGAUUUGUCCAUGAAACUUCCCAAAGCCGGGUUGAACUUUGGCAACAAGAGCGAUCACCAUGGCUUCUACUCCUCGGAGGCUGCUAGCCAAUUCUGCAAACAUCACGGAUACCCCGUCUUCACGCCCCAGACGGAGUCCGGUCAGCGAAAAGUUUACGAUCUUUUCAUGGUGAACACGGAGCUCGACUGGAUGGAGAUUCGUCUCAACGCCACAUACAACUACGUCGAUUACUUCGUCAUCGUCGAGUCCCCCAAGACUUUCACCGGGAAGCCCAAGCCACUCACCAUCAAGGAAAACUGGGAGCGGUUCAAGCCAUACCAUGACAAGCUCAUCUACCACGAGCUCGAGUUUCCGCCAACCUUCAACCCGAGUAGGUCGUGGGACUACGAGGACCUGCAACGGAACGCCAUGUACACCCAAGUCUUCCCCAAGCUCGUCGGCAAGCAAAAAGCGGCAUACGGGGACGUCAUCCUCGUAGCGGACGUUGAUGAGAUUGCACGGCCCGAAACGCUGUUGGUGCUGCGAACAUGCCAAUUUCCCCGCCGCCUCACCCUGCGUAGCCGGUUUUACUACUACAGCUUCCAGUUUCUCCACACGGGACCCGAGUGGGAACACCCACAAGCGACCUUCUACCAGGGCUCGCGCACGCUCCUGCCGGCGAACCUUCGGAUGGGUGACGGCGGGUUCAAGCCACUCUACGAGCUCGAGAAGUCGGACCUCGGGAACGCGUGCUGGCACUGCUCGAGCUGCUUCGCGACGGUCGACGAGUUCCUCACCAAGAUGGCGUCUUUCUCGCACGAGUGGAUGAACGGCGAGAGGUUCCGCGACAGGGACCGGAUCGCCGAGGCCAUCCGGAGUGGAAAGGACCUGUGGGGCCGCGACGUCGACCAGUUCGUGCGGCUGGAGAAUAACACGGACAUGCCAAGCAUCUUGCUCGAGCAACCAGAGAGGUUUGGCUAUAUGGUGAAUCGGGAUGGACCCUCGGCCGGGUUUACCGACUAUCCAUGA